UCUCCUCUGAUAACACCAAUAUCAAUCUUCCUAUCCUUUACGUUCUCUCACUCGCCUUUAAACCGAAAUCAAAAAGGCCACCCAGUCACACACUGCUUUAUAUUACCAUAUGUUGACAUUGUUACUACUCCCGAUAACGAUAUCAAUGGCAGUUGCUGUGGCAGGCCAGUCAUCGCCGUUCUACUGGCAAGAUGAGAAACCCCAGUACACGUCGAAAUACAUGAAAAAUGGCAAAAUGGAACAAAUUGGACGAUCAGGUGUCUCAGCCAUGCACGCGGUUUUGAUAAACAACCGAAAAAUCCUCGUCAUAGAUAAAGCCGAAUGGAAUGAAGCGACAUUCGACUCUGGUCAAAGUGCAUUUUCAGUCGAGUACGAUAUCAUCGAUAAUGAAUAUCGAAUGUUACCUUUAGAGUCCAACACAUUUUGCUCGGGUGGCGGGUUUCUUAAGAAUGGUACCUUUAUCAGCACGGGAGGCGGAGAACGACAAGGUGGAACGUGGAAAGCCUUCGCAGGGUGGCAGUCUAUUCGAUACUUCACACCAUGCAACGACGGCACAUGUGAAUGGGAAGAAUUUGUAACAUCAAAGACUAGCGUGAAUCGAUGGUACCCCACAGUUGAACAAUUGCCAGAGGGCGAUCUCAUGAUUGUAGGCGGGGCUACCAAGGGUGUGGCAGUGAAUGAUGAUAUACAUAGUGUCCCAAGUAUAGAAUUUUGGCCACCACGACCAGAAGGGCUUGUUGACUUCUUAUUUCUUAACGAAACCAUGCCUUACAAUCUUUACCCUGUGAUUCAUACCUUACCAGAUGGCAAUCUCUUUGUAUUUGCCAAACACCAAUCCAUCAUAUACAACUACAAGACAAACGAAGUCGUACGACGAUUACCUGACAUUCCUGGCAAUGUACGAACAUACCCUCUCACAGCGGCGUCGGUCAUGCUUCCGCUAGACCCAAAGAACAACUACAAUGUGGAAAUUUUGGUUUGCGGCGGAUCUUCGGCUAUGAGGAAUACAGCCAAAGCAGACGAUACAUGUGGUCGCAUUAAUCUUGGAGAUGAGGAUCCGCAGUGGGAAAUGGAUACAUUUGUAUACCCGAGAUUGAUGCCUGACGGUGUGUUCUUGGCCGACGGUACCGUCAUGUUUCUCAAUGGAUGCCAAAGAGGAUUUGCAGGAUACAACAAUCGAAAUCACGACCCAACCUUCGAUCCCCUCAUUUACAAUCCAGGACGCCCAUUGGGAAAACGUUGGAAGCAAGAUCUUGCCAAUACAAAUAUCGCUAGAAUGUAUCAUUCCGUGGCUCUUAGUCUCCCUGAUGGUCGGGUAUGGAUUGCUGGUUCCAAUAACAACGAUCGUUCCAACAUCUCUGCCACCUAUCCUACGGAGUUUCGAGUGGAAUAUUUCUCUCCUCCGUACCUAUUCCAAUCGUCGACCCGACCGCUCGUUACCAACAUACCAAAAGUCAUGGUGUACGGUAAGAGGUAUACUAUCAAAGUCAAACUCAAUUACCCACUUGGGUUGAAACGACCUGGACAACCCACUGUCAAGGUUGCGUUAUUGCGACCUGGAUUCAGCACUCACUCAAUGCACAUGAGUCAACGCUAUGUUAUUUUGAUUCACGAACUUCAAGACGAUAGCGAAACCUUGCUCAUUGAAUCUCCACCAAAUGCUGCUAUCUUCCCCCCUGGACCUGCCAUUCUCCAUGUUCUGCGUGAUGGCGUGCCGGCCGAAGGAACACACAUUCACAUUGCCGAAUACGAGGACGAUGUUCGCGUAUAACCCUUACCCGCAUGGAGGACGUUUCUUGUAAAGUGGCGAUAGCGUACUACGGAAGAAAUCCUGCUUUUGUGAAGUUUUUUAUUGAUUUGAUGCCUCUCCUUACUGUUGCCAACAAUAUGUAAUCAUUUUGUAUAAAGAGAAAUAAGAACUACCAACAAUUUAGUGUCCGCUUGACAAUCGCUAAACAA